AUCUAUUUUAAUUGCGUUCUUAUCUAUUGCUGUAGAUUUAAUAUAUGUAUAAUUACCCAUUAAAUAUUAUGUUUUAAAUAAUAUGAAUUAACCGGAUAAACAUCCAUACAUCCACAUGAAAUAGCUUGUUGAAUAGUUAGUAAUGUGUUUUUUUAUCAACAUUAACCCACGCCACACACUUGAGCAAAAACAAGUGAUUACUAAAAUCGUUCUCGACAACCAGGGGGCAAUGUUGGAACGUUUUUAACAUAGACUCAGUUCUUAGGUUUAUGGUGUACAUCAAAACUUUUUUUGUUAUGUUUUUCAGCGUACAACCGGCAUUCUUAAAGUAACCCUGAGUAUUAAUAUAUUUCCUUUAGUUCUGUUGGCGGAAAUCAAAACUAGGGCUGCAAGGACCCCGGACCGGCGCUGCCGCCUGUGCAUGAGCCGCUGCUUGGAGCGAGGAGGGCGCUUCCCGUGGCGGGCUGACGUCGGGGGCUGGGUCUGUGCCGCCGACGUGCAGAAUGAAGCCAGCGGCGCCACGCGACGCUCUGCAGUUCAGCGGCGGUCCGGAGUCCGGGCGCUCGCCUCUCGUGUCACCGUCAGCCGUCACUGGGACCAACAGUCAUGUGUGAUGCGACUUCGUGGUUCUGAAGCGGAGGAGAGCGGCUUUUCCCCAUUUGCCUGUCGCGCCGGGGCAGGCGACAGAACGUUUCCAGACUCGAGAGGAGCGAGACGCGUGGAGAUCUGGGAGUUUAAAAGGGGGCAGCGCCCAACUCCGCAGCCAUGCAAGGAGCGGCGGAGCAGGAGCGGGACCCGGACCGCCAGUACUGCGAGCUGUGCGGGAAGAUGGAGAACCUGCUUAAAUGCGGUCGCUGUCGCAGCUCCUUCUACUGCAGCAAGGAGCAUCAGGUGGAAGACUGGAAAAACCACCGGCUCAACUGUAAGGAGGCCGAGAUAACUCGGGUUUCGCCGAAGCCCAGAUCGCAGCAUGAGAGCGCGGACGAGAAAGCGGCACCGCAGACGUCGCAGAAGCCCUCAACACAGCUGGACAGCCCGGCUGCCCCUAGCGCUUUGAGCGGCGAGAAAACCGUCGAGUGUAUCACAUGUGCGGGAAGUGCAUGUGACAGGCAAAGCGGAGACAGGACCAAUAACAACAACGCCGAUAAACCUAACGGACGGAUGAAGUCCCAUCCGCGGAAACUGGCUACGGAGUAUAUAAUCCCAUGCAUGAACAAGCACGGCAUGUGCGUCGUGGACAGUUUUUUAGGGGAAGAGACCGGGAUGUCGAUUUUGCAGGACGUGAUAGCCCUUCACAAGACUGGCAAAUUCACCGACGGGCAGCUGGUCAGCCAGAGAAGUGACUCUUCCAAAGACAUACGCGGGGACAAAAUAACGUGGAUUGAAGGAAAGGAGCCCGGCUGCGAGCGCAUAAGUUUCCUGAUGAGUCGCAUGGACGAUUUGGUCAGACACUGUAACGGCAAACUGGGAAACUACAAAAUAAACGGUAGGACAAAAGCGAUGGUGGCGUGUUACCCUGGCAACGGACUGGGGUAUGUGCGUCAUGUGGAUAACCCUAACGGCGAUGGGAGAUGCGUGACCUGUAUAUAUUACCUGAAUAAAAACUGGGAUGCCAAGGAGCAUGGCGGCCUCCUGCGCAUUUUCCCGGAGGGCAAAGCGCAGUUCGCCGACAUCGAGCCCAAGUUUGACCGGCUGCUGUUUUUCUGGUCAGACCGGCGAAACCCCCACGAAGUGCAGCCUGCGUACGCAACCAGGUACGCCAUAACGGUGUGGUAUUUUGACGCCGACGAACGGGCGCGAGCGAAGGAGAAGUACCUGACAGGUGCAGGAGAAAAGGGCGUGAAAGUGGAGCUGAAACCCUCAGAGCCCAGCGACUAGAGAGCCCCAGCGACUAGGGAGCCCAAGCGUCGGCGCCAAGGGAAACGGGAAGAAGGAUCCAGAAAGGGGGCCGGAUUUUAAAAUGGAGGGCAUCUCGCCUCAGCUUUUCCUCCCCUCUUUCCUGCAGAGCGCGGCCGGAUCAGCUGACAUGGAACGUGGCACCGUCAAGCUGCGAAGACUCCCGUAUUCCACUUGCGUUCUUUCAGCUUUCAUGUGAAGAAUUCAGUUAUUUAAAAAAAGCAUAAUAGUCACUUGGUGCAAGAAAGCGAAAUGUUAAAUUUGUUGCCAGCGAAAAGAGCGUGAUUAGUGCCACCAGAUAGCUUUCGGCUGUGUCUUUGGUUUCCCGUUAAACUUUUAACGGAAGGUACACUAAGAUGUGUGAACAUGAUGCUGACUCUUGCGCACUGCUAAGAAGUGUUAAGAAAUGGCCCAAACAUACAUUGAUUAUAAUUAUUUUCCAUCUCUUCUGUCACUUCAAUUCAGUGUUUUUUUUUUCCUCUGUGAGGGUAAUGUAGCUCUGCUUUGCAUUGGCCUGUUUUUCAAUUACUGACUUGAAACUGUUGCUAAGCAACGCAGCACGCUGCUGUAACCAUGGCGACCUGAAGCUGCCUCCCUAAUACUACAAUGUUUGUUGUUGCAGAACUACAUACUCACCAUUGUCUUAAGCCGAAUCGGACAUCUUUUAACCUGUCUUAGCAGUUCUGUAUUCGAAAUAAAAAGGCAAGUUUGCCAAACAGAUCUUGAA